CCGCGCAGCAGGAUGCCCCAGCACACACCUGGUCCCUGCACACCUGGCCACAGCAGGAAGAAGUGUCAGGUGGUGGCUGCGUCCUGGGAAGCAGGUUGGGGUGUGAAACAGUCACCUUCGGCCUAAUUACUCCAACGCUGCCUCAGCCACAGGAAGGGACCGGAGAUUUUCCGCUGAGAUUUUCUGCGUAGAGGCCACCACACUGCCCAGCUCAGCGCAGCCCGGAGAGAAAACUGACCAACCCCGGGGCCCGGUGAUGGCCCUGGCCUGAGGAGGCCUCUGUGGGGAAGGGCCCCAGCGGUGGCCCUGAGCACAAGGCUCGAGGGCUCGCUGGGGACGAUGAAGAGCAGGAAGCUCUGUGACUGAAGCUCCAGCCAGAGAGCAGCUGAAGUGGACCCUGUUUUCCCAGACGCCAGGGCCCGCGUGACCCCCGGUGCGGAGGAGUCUUGGGACGUUCCUGCCCGGAGCCCUGCUGGGGAACGCGGAGGGGUCCCAGCUCGCCCGAGCUGGCCGCCGGGCCUGUGCCGGAUGACAGUGCUGGGAUGGAGAGCGCCAUGAAGGAAAAGGCGGAGCAGAUCCUGGCGGAGUUCCGGCUGCAGGAGGAGGACCUGAAGAAGGUGAUGAGGCGGAUGCAGAAGGAGAUGGCCCGGGGCCUGCGGCUGGAGACUCACGAGGAGGCCAGUGUGAAGAUGCUGCCCACCUACGUGCGCUCCACACCUGAAGGCUCAGAAGUCGGGGACUUCCUGUCGCUGGACCUGGGCGGCACCAACUUCAGGGUGAUGCUGGUGAAGGUGGGCAAGGGUGAGGAGGGCCACUGGAGCGUGAAGACCAAGCACCAGAUGUACUGCAUCCCCGAGGACGCCAUGACGGGCACGGCUGAGAUGCUCUUCGACUACGUCUCCGAGUGCAUCUCCGACUUCCUGGACAAGCAUCAGAUGAAGCACAAGAAGCUGCCCUUGGGUUUCACCUUCUCCUUUCCCGUGAGGCACGAAGACAUCGACAAGGGCAUCCUGCUCAACUGGACCAAGGGCUUCAAGGCCUCGGGAGCGGAAGGGAACAACAUCGUGGGGCUCCUGCGAGACGCCAUCAAGCGGAGGGGGGACUUUGAGAUGGACGUGGUGGCGCUGGUGAACGACACGGUGGCCACGAUGAUCUCCUGCUACUACGAAGACCGCCAGUGUGAGGUUGGCAUGAUUGUGGGCACCGGCUGCAACGCCUGCUACAUGGAGGAAAUGCACAACGUGGAGCUGGUGGAAGGGGAGGAGGGCCGCAUGUGCGUCAACACCGAGUGGGGCGCCUUCGGGGACGCGGGCGAGCUGGACGAGUUCCUGCUGGAGUACGACCGCAUGGUGGACGAGAGCUCCCUGAACCCCGGCCAGCAGCUGUACGAGAAGCUCAUCGGCGGCAAGUACAUGGGUGAGCUGGUGCGGCUCGUGCUGCUGAAGCUGGUGGAUGAGAACCUGCUCUUCCGCGGGGAGGCCUCGGAGCAGCUGCGCACGCGCGGAGCCUUCGAGACGCGCUUUGUGUCGCAGGUGGAGAGCGACUCUGGCGACCGCAAGCAGAUCUACAACAUCCUGCGCACGUUGGGGCUGAGGCCCUCGGCCACGGACUGCGACAUCGUGCGCCGCGCCUGUGAGAGCGUGUCCACGCGCGCCGCGCACAUGUGCGCCGCGGGGCUGGCAGGCGUCAUCAACCGCAUGCGCGAGAGCCGCAGCGAGGACGUCAUGCGCAUCACCGUGGGCGUGGACGGCUCGGUGUACAAGCUGCACCCCAGCUUCAAGGAGCGGUUCCACGCCAGCGUGCGCAGGCUGACACCCAGCUGCGAGAUCACCUUCAUCCAGUCCGAGGACGGCAGCGGCCGGGGCGCGGCUCUGGUCUCUGCGGUGGCCUGUAAGAAGGCCUGCAUGCUGGGCCAGUGACAACAGCAGGGGCCUGGCCAGGAGGCGGCGGCGGCAGCAUCGCUGGGCCUGAGAGCCAGGGCACAGCGCCACCCACCCCCACUGCCACAGCCACUGGGAUGACCGACCGGAUACAGGAAAGGCCCGCAGAGAAGGCCCGCGCCCCAGGCAGGCCGGUGCUGCCUGAGUCUGUAGUGGGAUGGCCCUAGGACCCUGACCAGGCUGCGGGCUCCAGGAGCAGGAAUGGAGACCCCACGUCUUUGUGGUUCUGCUGGAAUCAGCCACCAGAGGGGACUGGUUCUCUCAGGACUUUGCUGCAAACCUGCGCUAUGUCUGGGAGCUUUCAGCUUGGUUUGGCCAAGCCCAGGCCCCGCUGGGGGUGGGGGGGUGGUUUCUCUGGACCCUGCUGGGGCUGCGGUCCCCAGAGGCCUGAGGAUGGCAGCCCCUUCCCUCCCAGGCUGCCAUCCCCGAGUGCUCUGUGGUUCUGGGAUGGACUUUCACAGGAGGAACCAGAGACGGGCCCCCCCCAGGCCCCCAAAGUCUGAGCGUCCAGGGAGAGGAGGACACCCCCACGGGGCUGCCACACGGGGGCAGCACUCGGCCCCACCCCUCUUCUCACCAGACCUCCACGCGCCACGCGGGCCCCUUCAUGCCCAG